AUGGCGACGCGGCUGGAAAGCGGGACGAGGGUGGGGUGGCUGUUCAACUACCACCCCACCACCGAAGUGCUGCAGGAGGAUGAGGACGCUAUCGCCGGCGAGGGGGCGCAACGCGCGGCGCUCGUGCUGCUCUUCCAGGACCUCGCCGGUGACACCUUCUGCGUGCACCUUCACUUCGAUCCGUACAUCCUCGUCCAAGCUGUGGAGGGCCACGAGCGUGAGGUAGAACUCGGCCUCAUGUCUACCUUCGGUCCGCAGAUCAUCAGCAAAAUAGUUGCGGUGGAGAGAGAGGACCUAGACCUCGUGAACCACCUGAGUGGCAAGAAGCGCGUCUACCUCAAAGUAGUCUUCCGAAACGUGCAGGACCUCACGACGUUGCGUGGGCAAGUAGAGAAGAUCGUCAAACUCAACGCCUCUCUCAGCUCCGAGAACCCGCUGCGGAACCAGUUCAGCGGCUCGCUUAGCGAUGCCAUGGCGAAGCCGUUCGUCGAAGAUUCCCUUUACAGCGCAGCCGGUAGCAGUCGGUGGAUGGACUGGGUGCAGGACAUACGCGAGUACGAUGUGAAGUACCACAUGCGCGUUGCCAUUGACAUGAAGGUAUACUGUGGUCUCUGGUACGACGUGACGGUGACGGAGGGUGAGGCACGGGUUGAGCGGUGCGACGAUAGCCGCUACGCACCAGCCAUGCCACGCGUCAUCGCCUUCGACAUUGAAACGACAAAGGCGCCUCUGCGCUUUCCGCAACCGGAGGUAGAUGAGGUGUACAUGAUAUCGUACAUGUUGGACGGCCGUGGCUACCUGAUCGUCAACCGCGAGAUCGUCACGGAGGACAUCGCACCGUUCGAGUACACUCCCAAGCCCGAGUACGAGGGCUUCUUCGACACCUUCAACGAGGAGAACGAGGCAGCGACACUGCGACGCUUCUUCGAUGAGAUGCGCAAGUACAAGCCGAAUGUAUACGUCACGUACAAUGGUGACUACUUUGACUUCCCUUUCCUCCACGCCCGCGCACUGCACCACGGCAUGCAUAUGCACAAGGAGAUCGGCUUUACACAAAUGGUCGACGGUGCCUUCUUAAAUCAGCAGAUUCCUCACCUAGAUUGCUUCUACUGGGUGAAGCGAGACUCCUACCUGCCGCAGGGAAGCCAAGGCUUGAAGGCGGUUACAAAGUACAAGCUGGGCUACGAGCCGAUCGAAGUCGAUCCCGAGGAUAUGCUCCCUCUCGCGCAAUCGCAGCCCCAGCGCAUGGCGUCGUACUCGGUGUCCGACGCCCUGUCGACGUGGUACCUCUAUCAGAAGUAUGUCCACCCCUUCAUUUUUUCCCUCGCCACCAUUAUCCCGAUGCCACCAGACGAUGUGCUGCGCAAGGGCUCUGGCGGCCUGUGCGAGUCGCUGCUCAUGGUGCAAGCGGAGGCGAACAACGUCGUGUUUCCAAACAAGAAGGAAAUUGUGCGAGAGCGCUUCUACGAGGGCCACUUAAUCGACACGGAGACGUACAUUGGCGGGCGUGUGGAGGCGCUGCGCAGCGGCGUGUACCGCUCUGAUAUUCCCAUGACGUUUGACAUGAAUCCUGACACCUACCAGAGUCUCAUGGACGAUGUUGACGAGGCGCUCCGCUUUGCCCUCGAGGUGGAGAACGGUGUGAAGGUGGAGGAGGUAACGAACCUGGAGGAGGUAAGGGCGGCCGUGCUCGCCAAGCUGACGAACCUGCGCAACCGACCGCACCAGCAAGAGAAGCCGUUCAUCUACCACCUUGACGUCGGAGCCAUGUACCCCAACAUCAUCCUCACAAACCGCCUGCAGCCGUACGCCAUUGCGCGGCCAGACGUGUGUGCCGGAUGCUGCUUCAAUUCUCCGAACAACGAGGCGCAAUGCAAGCGCGUCAUGUCGUGGAAGUGGAGGGCCGAGCUCUUCACCGCCGGCCGCUACGAGUUUCAGCGGGUCAAGGCCCAGCUGGAGAACGAGUCCUUCGCUGCCGGCGUGAUUGAGCAGGCGAACCUCGCGGCAGUGCAGAAAAAGGCUUACGGCAAUCGAAAGGGCAAUGUGCUGGAGGGCACCUUGUACGAGCGGAAAGACGACUGGCGAAAGAACCAGAGAAAUCGCAACAGCAGCAGCAGCAGCGGCGGCGGCGGGUACCGGCAAGAGUCACGGCGGCAGCAGCGCGAGGCCGCCGACGCGCUUCUCCAGCGUGAGUUUGGCGCCGAUCGCAACGGCGUCAGUGGUGACUCCGACUCGGACGAUGACGUGGACGGUCCAAAGGCGUACCACAAACUUACGGAGAACACGCAGUUCAACAUGCUCAAGCGGCGGCUCAGCGAAUACAGCCGAAAGGCCUACGGAAAGAUUCACGAGACACGCGAAGUGAUGCAGUCGAACGUGGUGUGCCAGCGCGAAAACUCCUUCUACGUUGACACGGUCCGCCUCUUUCGAGACCGCCGCUACGAAUACAAAGCUGCGCUAAAGAUAUGGAAAAAGAAGCUGGACGCCGCGAAGGACGCGGAUGAACGCAAGUUGUGCCAGAGCCGCUGCGUGCAGAUGGAAUCGCUGCAGCUGGCGCACAAAUGCAUCCUCAACUCGUUUUACGGCUACGUGAUGCGGAAGGGCUCGCGAUGGUCGAGUAUGGAGAUGGCAGGUAUCGUCACAUACCUCGGUGCGACGCUGAUUCAGAUGGCCCGCUCGCUUGUCCAGCAGAUUGGUGUAACGCUCGAGCUCGACACGGAUGGCAUCUGGUGCUGCCUUCCCAAUACCUUCCCUGAGAACUUUACGUUUACCACGACAAAUGCGUCCAAGCCGCAGAUAUCCAUCUCCUAUCCGUGUGUGGUGCUGAACAAAAUGGUGCACGAUCGGUACACAAAUCAUCAGUACCAGAACCUUCUCAGCACGGGUGUCUACAGGACGCACAGCGAGUGCUCGAUUUACUUUGAGGUGGAUGGUCCGUACCUUGCCAUGUUGCUGCCUGCUAGUCGCGAAGAAGGCAAAAGCAUCAAGAAGCGCUACGCCGUCUUCAACCCAGACGGCAGCUUGGCAGAGCUCAAAGGGUUGAGCCGCCGCGGGGAGCUGAUGCUUGUCAAGGACUUCCAGUCGCAAGUCUUCCGUCGCUUCCUCGACGGCAGCACGCUCGCAGACGCCUACGCCUCGGCGGCUGUCGUAGCGAAUGCUGCGCUUGACAUGCUCGAGUCCAAGGGCGAAGGCUACGAUACAGAGGAGAUCCUGGAGAAGAUUACGGAGAGCAGCAACAUGACGCGGCGGCUCUCCGAGUACCCCGAAUCGCAGAAGUCUCUGGCCAUCACGACGGCACGGCGCAUUGCCGAGUUUCUGGGACCCCAAAUGGUGAAGGAUAAGGGCCUGGCGUGCCACUUCAUCAUCUCGCGCAUGCCGGCCGGCCGCCCUGUCACAGAGCGAGCGAUUCCCGUCACUAUUUUCCGCGCGGACCAGGCCAUUCGCACCCACUUUCUGCGCAAGUGGACCGCCGACACGACGGUUCCGUCCGAGCUGAAUUUGAAGGCACUGCUGGACUGGGACUAUUACAUUGCGCGCUUUAGUGCCUGCGUGCAGAAGAUCGUCUCUAUCCCGGCAGCGCUACAGUCACUGCCAAAUCCAGUGCCACGCGUGGCGUAUCCGGACUGGCUGGAGAAGCGCAUUCGGCACAGUAACUCCCGUUACCGCCAAGUCUCACUUCGCAGCAUGCUGUCCAAGGUGCAAAGCAAGAGCGAGGGACUGGGUGGCAAGUUUUCAGCGGCGGCCGCUGCCACUACAAUCAAUGUGGAUGCGGUGGAAGAUUCGACGCAGGGGAAGCAGGGCGGUGGCGCAGACGCAGGAAAAGGACAACUGCAGGACUUGGAGGAUAUGAUGGGCAGAACAGGCAGUGGUAUUAUAGGCCACGCGGCGGCACCACAGAUAACUGAAGCUGUCCCUGCUGGUGAACAGCGGCGUGCCACAGAGGCGGUCCCUGAAACGGACUGGGAUGAGGACGACGUGGAAUGUGAAGGGGAGUCAGACACAGACAUGCAGCGAAUCCAGCGCGAGGCGGAUGCCAAGAUGGAUGCACUGGCGCAUGAUGUGAAGCAGCGCUACUUUGCGCCAAAGAGCACCACCACGCUUGACGCAGAUUUUUUUGCCGACCUUGGCACAAAGCAGUGGCUGAUGCAGCGAAAGGACACGUGGCUGCAACGAGCUCGCCUACGCAAGGAGCUGGCCCUCGAGAACGACCUAAGCGAGAUCGGCCCAGGUGGGGAGGGCAGUGGCACAGUGUUUUCCGGGGUAGCCUCUGCGCCCGAUGUCACUGGCGUGAACAGUCACUUCAUUGACCUCAAGUCACGCGCACUGGCAACCGUGUGGAAUGUACUCGAGGUGCGCGAGAAUGAGGAGAGCCCGGGAAUUUUGCAGGUGCUUGCAGCGCUGGGUCACAGUCUGCACUCCUUUCGCGUGCAAGUGCGUCGUACAGUCAUUGUCGAUGCGGACCCGGCGCUGAGCCUGGAGGGGUUGGACGCCGCUGAGGUCAGCGGCCGCGUUCUGCCGCGGCGUGCUGCGGCGGGUCGCGUCUACCAGGUCGAUGUCCCACCUGGCGAAGAGGGAGAGCGGCGCCUCAAUGAGCUGCACGUGAUGGAGAGCGUUCACCAGAUCUAUGAGGAGCACCGCUCUCGCGUGGACACGUUUGUCGAACAGCUCGGUUGCUGUGUCUCCGUCGACUCGGUGCGACACCUGCACAACGCGCGCCGUCGCCCACCGUCGCAGCGAGAGAUCUUUGGUAUAGAUGAGAUGAAUAUGCACGCGCACACGAAUUACCUGAGCUGUGGUGCCACCGGCCGUGCUGUGUUCGUGUUCCAUGCGGUCACAGAACAGCGUGGUCUGAUCGCUGUCGUUUCUCCACAGACCAACACUGCCCUUGUUGUCUUUAUCCAGCCAGCGGAAGCUGCAAAACCCGUGAUCAACUGGGGCAUCAUUUGCGAGGAGAGCGCCAAGCGGCUGCACACGACCACGCCCGAGCCGAUUCAUGUCACUUCCGAGGUGGCGGUGGACCAGCGGGCGGCGUGGCGGCAGGUCUACCAGCACCUGAGCGCUGCUCUGGAGAGUACAAAGGCACCUCUUCUAGCAGUGCUGCAGAGUUGCCUGCCCACGUCGACCCUCCUACAGCAGCGCUCGUUGCCUGUGGGACUGCCAUACCUGCGCAUUCUAGGCGCUGCAGAGGAUGAGCGGCUGCUGAGCGACCCGUUCCGCUGGACGCGUCUGCUGGCGCGGCGGCUGUUCGAGCGCUUCUUCGCGUCGUUAUUGUGGGUAGAGGAGCGGCUGGCGCUGAGCCGUAUCUCCGGCAUCCCGCUCUGCAACAUUGCUCAAGACAGCUGUGUGCAUGUACUGGAUGUGCUAUACAUUCGUGCCCUGCAUCGGCGCAAUCAUGUGCUGUGGUGCAGCAGCGACCCUCUCAUCACCUUCGACACCGUUGAGGAGCGUCCGCGCGAGGUGUGCAUGGCCGGCGGCUACGCUUCGUGGUGCGUCGAAUUCGGCCUCUCUCGCCUGGACGUCGUUGCACUUCUUUUCUCACAAACGAUUGAGGAGGGAGAUGACCAGAACGCGCGGGUCUUGUCUGACCGUGGUGUAUCCACGCACUUCAAUAUCCUGCGUGAUCUGGUAGCCGACGUGCUAGGGCAGGCUGUGGACAACAUCCUCGCCGACACACUCCUGAACAACGUGGCGCGGUGGCUGCGCGACCCGCUGUCCUCCUGCUACGAGCCGCGCUUGGUGGAGCUUCUCAGUAGCCUUGCACACCGUGCCCUCACGGGCAUCCUGCUCCGCCUCGCCAAACUCGGCGGCCGUACCGUAAAGGUGGACGGCAGCUCUGUCACCGUUCUCACCUCAAAGUACUCACUACAGGAGGCAGUGAGCUUCGCAAGCUUUUUGACGGCCUCGCUGCAGGACCAGCCGAUGCUACUGCUGCUCUCCCUGCAGCCCCUUCGAUACUGGUGUCCAUACAUUGUGCUCGAUCCUCGUGACUACGCCGGCCUGUUCAUUUUCGCCGAGGACGCGAUCAAGUUCAUGAAGGGCGAGGAGCCGACGCGAGCCGAUCUGCACGUAGCGCAUCAGCUCACGAUGGCUAGCCGACUGCCCAACCGCGUCCGAAACACCUUGGUGGCGCGGGUUGUCGGCACUCUCUACCAGCUGAACGAGAUAGUACACCGUGUCUACUGCCACACUGUGGCUGAUCACACUGUUACGCUUGCUACGCGACAUAACCAACUGACGCGGCGCGUGCUAGAGGACUCGCAGAGACUUUUUGAGGAUGUCAUGCAGGCGGAUAUCAUGGAUGAGGUGCAGCGCAUGACGGACGCACGUGACCUGUACACCGAGGAGGAGCACACGGCUCACGAGCGUGGCGAGCUGACGCUCUGGUCCAGCGGCGCCGUCGGACUCGAGUACGCGAAGUGUGUGUGCCGUGUGCUGGAGCUCAUCCCAUGCAACGGGGCCGUCGGCAAGGUGCGCAACAAUGCCAUGCGCCUCUGCGGCAUCAGCCCCUUCUCUGCCCAGUCACAGUUCCAAACCGACCCGUUUCUGGCGCAUCGCCUUCAGCCCGUCACGUGCAGCUUCUGCAACUCGCACAUCUCUAUCGAUUUGCUCGUGAGACGGAAGUCAGCGGCAUCGCCUUUUACGUGCCCGGCGUGUGCGGCCCCGAUUGCCGCCGUUGCUAUGGAGGGAACACUAGUUCGUCGUGUUAGCCAGCUGCUACGAGUCUACACUCAGCAGGAUUUUGUGUGCACAAAGUGUCGCGAGAUGAUCACAACGUACGUGGGUGAAAGGUGCUGCGGUGCGCUAGUCGGCAAGGCCGCGCCGGUAGAGGGCGAACUCCGGGCACUGCAGUACCUUGCGAAGAUCCAAAGUUUUUCAUGGCUUGCCGAGAGCGUAGAGACGGCGCUUUUAUGCACUUGA